AUGCCCCUAUUUGUACCCGGCGGUGGUAUGGGCAUGAGUGGUGCAGCUGGCAUAGGCAUGGGCGGUGCAGCUGGCAUAGGUAUGGGCGGUGCGGCUGGUAUAGGCAUUGGAGGCGCAGCUGGCCUUGGGAUGGGUGGUGCUGCAGGUCUAGGAAUGGGAGGAGCAGCUGGUCUAGGAAUGGGUGGUGCUGCAGGUCUAGGAAUGGGUGGUGCUGCAGGUCUAGGAAUGGGUGGCGCAGCUGGUCUAGGAAUGGGCGGUGCUGCUGGUCUAGGAAUGGGGGGAGCGGCAGGAUUAGGUAUGGGCGGUGCAGCGGGAUUAGGUAUGGGCGGUGCGGCAGGAUUAGGUAUGGGCGGGGCAGCUGGAUUAGGUAUGGGUGGUGCAGCAGGUUUAGGAAUGGAAGGUGCAGCAGGUUUAGGAAUGGAAGGUGGAGCUGGUUUAGGCAUGGAAGGUGCCGCUGGUUUAGGAAUGGGUGGUGCUGCUGGGUUAGGUAUGGGUGGUGUAGGAGCUCUCGGUGAAAGUGAGGGUGGAUACGCCAACGGAGCUAACUAUGGUGGUCAAAGGGGAGCCGCUGGUGCGUCAGGACUCGGAAGCCAAGUUACACAGCAAGCUGGUGCUGGUGGUUUCCAUAACAUCGGAUCUCAUCAUUCCAGCCAAACCUCAGCAACGCACGUAGAGAACGACGAAAGCCACAACAUUGGUGCAGGUUCUGGAUUCAACACCGGCGCGCAAGCUGGUGGUGGAUAUGGUAGAUACCAGAACGGUGCUGGACAGUACGGAAACCAAUUCGGACAAGGCGGACAAGUCUCUAGGGACGUGUUGAUCUAA